UCGACCCCUCUCACUUAUACCGCAUUGAAUUGGAUGAGAAAAAAAGGCGCGGCCGUGUCCUUUUGCUUCUACUGUUGUCUCGGCGACCGGCAGUCCCAGGCUCCCAGAGGAAAAGCUCCAAUCGGACUCUCGCGGCCUCCAAUCCCACCUCGAGGAUCAAUCCUUCUUGAGGUAGAAAAAAACAGAGAAGCGGAUAUCCAAAAGAAAUUUAUGGUGUUCCAUACAUACCACUGAAGAUAAUUCAACAGAUUCACAUAUUGAGCCUGUGCCAUGCUCAAAGAGUGUUAAUUUUGCUUCAACUCAGGACAACAAUGGAAGCAACUGGAUCCACUUCCUUAUCAAAGAACAAAGUGGCUGAACUUACUAACUUGGCUUUGGAAACAUACAAAAAGAAGCCUCUUUCUUACUGGCUUUUAUUGAUUCUUAGCAGUAGUGCAAUGCUUGUGGCAUUUCCUGCUUCAAGCCUCCUGUCCCGUCUCUAUUAUGCCAAUGGUGGCAAGAGCAAAUGGAUAAUUUCCUGGGCAGCAGUUGCAGGAUGGCCCCUAACUGCCCUCUUCUUAAUUCCUAUGUAUAUCUGUGGUAAAAUAUCGCCAACUCCACUUUCCCUUAAGCUCUCUGUUUGGUACAUUGUGCUUGGAUUCCUUAGUGCUGUUGACAACCUUAUGUAUGCAUGGGCUUAUGCAUAUCUUCCAGCAUCAACUGCUUCUCUCCUUGCAUCAUCUUCUCUUGUAUUUUCCGCUUUGUUUGGAUAUUUUAUUGUGAAGAAUAAAUUGAACCUCUAUUCCAUAAAUGCAAUUGUUAUUAUCGCUGCUGGUACGGUCAUCAUAGCCCUGGAUUCAAAAUCAGACAGAUAUGAAGGAAUAAGCGACACACAAUACACCUUGGGGUUCAUUUGGGAUAUUGUAGGGUCAGCUCUCCAUGGUCUGAUCUUUGCACUCUCAGAGCUGGUUUUUGUGAAGAUUUUAGGGAGGAGAUCCUUUCAUGUUGUGCUUGAGCAGCAGGUCAUGGUUUCAUUUGCUGGAUUUGUUUUCACCACAAUAGGACUCAUUGUGAAUAACGACUUCCAAGGGAUGCGGUCAGAAGCGAGCAGCUUCAAGCACGGGGAAGUAUCAUAUGCCAUGGUGCUUACUUGGGCAGCCAUUACAUUUCAAGUGGGAGUUUUAGGGGGCACAGCUGUUUUAUUUCUGGCUUCGACUGUGUUGGCUGGUGUUCUCAAUGCAGUAAGGGUACCACUUACCAGCAUUGCAGCAGUUAUUCUGUUCCAUGAUCCUAUGAGCGGUUUUAAGAUUCUAUCCUUGAUCAUCACCGUUUGGGGAUUUGGUUCCUAUAUUGUGGGACACUCAUCAUCGAGCCAAGCCACCUAGCAUAGCAUCGGUUUCUAUGCUCUCCAACAAUCUCUUUAGUGUUGGACAUUCUCUUCUUUCAGAGAAACAACUGGAGUGACAUUUGCAAUUUCUUGUGUGCUUUAGACAGUUCCAUUGGUGUCAAGAGCACUACGUAGAUGAAUGUUUGAGGCUUCGUGGACAAAUUAAACGGCUGCUUUUGCUGAUGUGGGAACAGAGUACAUAAGAUGGCAGAGUACAUGGCUCAGACUGGUAGAAAGCUCCUGGCUCUAAUUGAGCAGAAAGCAAAUAUUUCGAUUUGGCAAUUUCCUCAUAGUUUGAACGUUUGGAGCAUCAUGUUUUUCUAUUGGGUUAUUAUUCUGUUCAAUAAUAGGGUUGGUUUCUAUAGUGUACUAGAUUAUUCAACUUGUGGAUUAGACGAGCAAGCAAGUUAAAAAUCUGCUUUUCUUUUUUAUUUUUAUUUUUAGCAAGGAAAAAUCUGCUUCUCUUUGUGUACC